AUGCCGUCACCAUCGAUUGCGUCCGAAUUUUAUCCGCCGAAGCCUCAAUGGUCCCCGAAAGAGAUACCGAGCCAAAAAGGUCGCAUUGCAAUUGUGACGGGGGGAAAUUCGGGCAUAGGACUUGAGAUUGUGCACUGCCUUUUGCGCAAAGGCGCGAAAGUAUACAUUGCAGCGCGCAACGAGGCGAAGGCGCGCAAUGCAUUUGUCGCAUUGCACAAGGAUGGUGAAACAUAUGCUGGCGCAGUAGACUAUUUGCACUUGGAUCUUGCAAGCUUCCGGAGCAUUGAGCAGUUUGUCGCGGAGAUUUCGCGUAAGGAGUCGCGCUUGGAUUUACUGUUUAACAACGCGGGGCUCUUUUUGCCGAACGAUAGCGGCACACUUUCUGCAGAGGGCGUUGAAAUUCAUAUGGGUGCGAAUGCUCUGGGGCCAUACUACUUGACGUUGCUCUUGCUUCCAUUGUUGCGUGCAUCGUACAAGCACAAUUCAUCGGUGCCGCCGCGCGUUUGCUUCACUAGCUCGAUGGGUCACCGACUCGCCUCACGAGGCUUUGAUCCAAAAUAUCCAUCAGGACAUUCUUCACCUAUAUCGCUUGUAUCUAAGCAGCUAAUGGCGUAUGCGUGUAGCAAGAUGGACAAUAUUCUCAUGGCAAAUAAGUUUCAGCGAUCUUUCGCCAAUGACGGAAUUAUCUUUAACUCGUGCAAUCCCGGUAACAUCAAAACAAGCCUUACUAGGAACGCGAGCAAUCUCUCCACGCUUUUCCUUAACCAUUUUAUCAACCCCGUCUUUCUCCACUCAACGGAGCUUGGUGCACUCACACCACUCUACGCCGGUACUGCGUCACUAGCAGGUGAAGAGGGCGGGGCGUAUUUUGUGCCUUGGGCACGUUUUGGAGAGCCGCUGCCGAUUGCAUUGGAUCAUAAAGUCCAGGAUGAAAUGGCUGCCUACUUUGAUGCAAUCAUAGCGCGUCAUGGACGCAAUACCGACAUUGCACCGCAUCCUAAGGGCUCAUGGACGCCGAAAGAGAUGCCCAAUCUUACCGGCCGCAUUGCCAUCGUUACCGGUGGCAACACGGGCAUCGGCUUUCAUACUGUCGAGGAGCUUUUGCGCCAGAACUGCAAAGUGUACCUUGCAGCGCGCGAUAAGACGCGCGCGAUGGAUGCGGUUGCCAGGCUUGGUGCGCAAAACCUGCCCGGCACUCUCGAAUAUCUCCAGCUGGAUCUUGCUCGGCUGCAAAGCAUCAAAGACUUUUCUACGCAGUUCCUCUCAAAAGAGUCGAAACUGGAUCUCUUGUUCAACAAUGCAGGCGUGAUGCUUCCCAACGUAGGACGCACAACCGCAGAUGGAUACGAACUUCAAAUGGGUACUAAUUCGCUGGGGCACCAUUACCUUACCGAACUUCUUUUGCCUGCGCUGCGCAAUGCCAAGAAGCUAGACCCUAGCUUUGCUCCUCGCGUAUGCUUUACUUCGAGUAUUGGCCACCACUUUGCGUCCAGUGGGCCGUUCAAUCCUGAAGAUGUGAGCGGAAUGAAGGCUUCUCGUUUGAUCGUCCUCCCAGAAUGGACACGCGCGUAUGGUGCCAGCAAGCUGGCCAACAUUUGGUCUGCAAAGUGGUUUCAACGCCAUUAUGGGGAUAAGGAGGGCAUGUUGUUCACUUCUGUUCAUCCCGGCAACCUUCGCACCGAGCUGACACGCGACUAUCGCGGUCUUACCGGUUUGUUCAUGCCCAUCAUCUCUUUCGGUUUCUUGUAUCCCUCAGAGAUGGGCGCUUAUACGCAACUUUACGCCAACACUUCGCCCGAGGCUACAGAGGGUGGUGCUUAUUACGUCCCAUGGGCACGCAAGAUCGAGCCCAGCGCAAUUUCUCACGACGAAAAGUCUCAAGAAGCUUGUAUGUCCUAG